UGAAAACGGGAGCACUAAGACCCAGUGGGAGUGGAGGACUGCAGCAACGGGCCGGAGGAGUAGGCGCUGGAGGGUGGGAGCCGUCUGGUACCUUGGUCGCCUUCGAAACAGCAUCCUCUCUAGUGACAAAAAUGGCCAGCCAGUCCCAGGGCAUCCAGCAGCUCCUCCAAGCUGAGAAGCGGGCAGCGGAGAAGGUGGCCGAUGCCAGGAAGAGGAAGGCCCGGCGACUGAAGCAGGCAAAGGAGGAGGCUCAAAUGGAGGUGGAGCAAUACCGCAGGGAGCGAGAGCAGGAGUUCCAGAGCAAGCAGCAAGCGGCCAUGGGCUCUCAGGGGAACCUGUCUGCUGAGGUGGAGCAGGCCACGAGGCGUCAGGUGCAGGGCAUGCAGAGCUCCCAGCAGAGAAACCGGGAGCGUGUCCUGGCUCAGCUGCUUGGCAUGGUCUGUGACGUCAGGCCCCAGGUCCACCCCAACUACCGGAUCACUGUCUAGGACCUCGCUGCUUAGGGACAUGUCCUAGAGUGUGACUCCUUCUGCCAGCUCCUUCCAUAGAGAAAUCCGACUCACAGUCACGUGUGUAGCAUGCACAGAGCCCUCGCUCAAUCCAUAGU